AUGGAUGGAGAGGAAGAUAUAGAUAUUGCGGCCGCGAUGGGCUUUGGUUCAUUUGGUAACACCAACAAGCGGAAGUACGAUCGCACACAAUCGCCCAUAGCGAGUGCUGAUGACGCAAGUGGUGCCAACUCCACACAACUGGGCGUUCGACCAAAGAAGUUUGCAAGCACUCAGCAGGAAGCUCCAGAAAAUUCGAAGCCAUCAGGCUCGAAUGAUCAUUCCACUACGGAUGAUCUGUCGAAUCCUCUUAGCCCUGAGUCAACCCCACAUCAACCUCAUGAGCAACCUUCUGCCAUGGAGAUGGUCUCUUUUGGUGGACCUCCCAUCACAAGAAACGAGCUGAAUGCUUUGAAGUUUGGUGUCCAGGAUGAGAAUGGAGAUACUGCAUAUUUCCUGCCCAAUUUCGUGGAGGAUCCAUGGGCGAGUCUAAAGAACUUUCUUUAUACGGAGAAGUGCUUCAACGUAUCUAUACCAAGAGGUACUGUAACGUAUUUAUACCAAGAAGUCUUUCAACGCAUAGAUUGUGUACAGCAUGUCAAGCUCUGGGCAAUGCGGAGAUCUCGUACAAUCGAAAACUCGUCUCAACCAUAA